AUGAUAGGAAUGGCAACCACGUCAUCCUUACAUCUCCAGCCCCGAUUGGAUUCAAAGUUGGAUUGGGGCGAAUGCAAUGAUCCCGUCAUCAACGCCACUUUGCCCGCCGACUGCGCCAACUUUACCGUGCCCCUCGACUACCUGUCCGAGGGAGGUGAGGAAAUCCAACUCCAAUUGGCUAGGAUCAGAGCACCUGUACAACCUGCCAAGGGGACUAUAUUGCUCAAUUUUGGAGGACCCGGUGAAGAGGCAAGAGCCACGUUGACAGGCCCAAAGGCAAUUCAAUAUCUUGCUCUCAGCGGCGGUAGAUACGACCUUGCUGCGUUUGACCCACGCGGUGUUGCGAACACCAUCCCACAAAAGUGCUUCUUAAGUAAGCAGGACAAAAUCGAGUUCCUCGAAGCACAGACUUGGCAUGACCAGAACGAAACAAGCCUAGAGAAGAUGUGGGAUCGAGCCAAAAUCGACGUUGAAAAAUGUUACGAAGCGCACAACAAGACGCAGCCAUUUCUGGGAACUGCUUCAGUUGCUAGGGACCUCAUGAGCGUUGUCGAUGCCCUCGGAGAAGACGGCAUGCUGAGAUAUUGGGGAUUCUCAUACGGAACUACUUUGGGCGCCAUUGUCGCUGCGAUGUUCCCUGAUAAGAUUGACAAAAUGGUUAUUGAUGGAGUGCAGAACCCUCAUGAAUAUUACCAUGCUCUUGCAGACUACGAAGAAUGGACCGAUUCGGACAGAGUUUUCUCAGAAAUCUUUCGCAGUUGUGUCAGGGCAGGACCUCAGCAAUGCCCAAUGGCCGCGGGAAAUUACACGGCUGAGGAGAUGGAAAUGAUUGCCUGGCGGGUAGCAAACGCCCUAAAGACUAAUCCCAUUCAGUUGGGCAACGGCACGGAGUUUGACUAUCCCGUCAUCCGCGGCCUCUUUGGCUUGUCUCUUUACGGCCCCGACAGAUGGCCGCUGCUGAUGAAAAUCCUGCCCUACCUGGCCACGAAUGAGACCGAUCAUCCUGUUUUUGUCAAGGCUGCUUCGGCUCUUGUCAACCAAUUCACCGCAUCUGUUGAUACUAUCCCUGCAGUAUACGGCAUCCACUGCAGCGACCGAAUCCCGCGCCUGGAGACGCUGGAUGAGUUCAGACCUGUGCAGGCUAGGCUCAGCGAAAUCUCUAAAGUCAUGGAUGGAUCCGCUGCAUUGAGCAUGGCAUGCGGGCUGUGGAAGUCGGACGCUAAGGAACGCUAUAUGGGCGACUUCCAGGUCAAGACCAAGAAUCCAAUUUUGCUGAGCAGCAACAGAUAUGACGGGCACACCCCGCUGAAAUCGGCCUACAACGUGAGCUCCAGCUUCGAAGGUAGCAGUGUUUUGGUGGUCAAUGGGUUUGGACACAGCACAAUGUCGCAAGCCUCUGUAUGUAAUCUCAAGCAGACGUCGGCAUACUGGCUCAACGGAACUCUCCCGGAGAAGGGAUUCCAGUGUGAGGUCAAUGCGGUGCCGUAUGGAAAUUACACUUGGCAAAAUGCCAUCGCAGAGGUCUAUGGAGAUGGGUUUGGUAGCCCAGGAGGGAGCAAUGCUCAGCCUCAACCAGUCCCUGGCGGUGGCAAUGACAACGGCAACGGCAGCGACAAUGAAGCUAAUCCCAAGCCUACUCUGCCUCCAGUCAGUCGCGCGACUAGUCUGAUAUCGAAAAUAAAUCUGGCGCCGGCUCUAGCUGUGGCUCUAGUUUGGAUCCUUUAA